AUGCCCAAGGGCCAGCCCUCCCUGGAUGACCGGCCCGUCAGCUCGCUGCUAGAGCCUCCCAUCCUGCAUCCAAAAUCCAGGCAUCAGCACUGGAGGCAGGGGUCAGGGUGCAGGAGAGCCCUCACCCUCUGCUGCUCCCUUCCAGGUGAGGCCUUAAGAUGCGUCACCUGUGAGCAGCCCAGGGCCCUUCUUUUGAGCAAGACCAUUACUAACUGCAAGCCGGAGGACACAGCGUGCAAGACCUCGCAGCUGACGGUGGAGUCAGAGUUCCCCUUCAACCACAGCCCCGUGGUGACCAGUUCCUGCUCCAGCUCCUGCGAGGACGCUGACCCAGACACCAUCGGGGCUGCCCACCCCAGCUACUGCUGUUUCCAUGACCUCUGUAAUUCUAUGGGGGUUGCCAGGCUCAGUGCUGGGGCCCUAGUCCCUAGGGGGCCAUAA